CUCGAACCAAACGCGGUCGUUUACCAGCGCCAACCCCUCUCUUCUAUUUCUCUACUGGUUUUUCCAAUUUCAACUGCGACUCCGUCUCAAGGGAAAAGAACAUUCUUUCUUCGUAGUAAAGGCAAACCGAGAGAGCAAGACGAAGAAGGAGAAGAGGCUCUCUACAAAAAUGGAUUCCUAGCGACCAAGCUGUAGCUCAUUUCAGCAUCCAUUUCUUCCAUUUCUCCUUGUCUCUCUCAAACCUCUCGAUUCUUCUAACCUCUUGCUUCGUCGUCGGCGGCGCGGUAGCUGGAACUUCCCGGAAGGGCAGUAGUAGGCGGCCAUGGCCGGGAUGAAUCAGGAAUCGUUCAUCUACAGCUUCGUGGCGCGAGGCACGGUGGUGCUGGCCGAGUACACCGAGUUCACCGGCAACUUCCCGGCGAUCGCCGCUCAGUGCCUCCAAAGAUUGCCUUCUUCCAACGACAAGUUCACCUACAAUUGCGACCACCACACCUUCAAUUUCCUCGUCGAGGAUGGCUACGCUUAUUGUGUUGUUGCGAAAGAGGCUACGAGCAAGCAGAUCUCGAUUGCGUUCUUGGAACGGAUGAGGGCAGACUUCAAGCAAAGAUAUGGAGGUGGUAAAGCUGGCACGGCUACGGCCAAAAGUCUCAACAAGGAAUUCGGGCCGGUUAUGAAAGAGCAUAUGAAGUAUAUUAUUGAACAUGCCGAAGAGAUUGAGAAGUUGCUUAAAGUAAAAGCUCAGGUUUCAGAAGUGAAAAGCAUCAUGUUAGGCAACAUUGACAAGGUAAUAUGAGCCCUUUUCUCUUGAAAGCUGUUUCUAUCUGGUGGAGAACCUAAGCUGCUAUCUUCUUUUCCUUCUGAAACUAGGGUUUUCUAGUGAGUAGUGACCAUCACAAAUUGCAGUCAAUAGAGUAAUACUUACCUAUGAACUACAAUAUUGCUAUACGAACUUCCUUAUUCAUAUGGUCAUUGUAAAAUGAUAAAAGGAAACUCAAAUUGAAAUGAAUCGCAAGAAUAUUUGAAGCUCCCACUUUGGGACAGUGCUGCAAAAGCCAUGUUUGAUCAGCAUUCUAUCCAAACACCAAACCAAUUCCAUACUUUGGACAUGUAUCUUUUCAGGCAAUCGAGAGAGGGGAGAACAUAAACACCCUCGCUGACAAGACUGAAAAUCUGCGAAAUGAGGCACACACAUACAAGGAUCGAGGGACACAAAUAAGGCGGAAAAUGUGGUACCAGAACAUGAAGAUCAAGCUGAUCGUUUUCGGAAUCUUGUUGCUCCUCGUCCUCAUCAUUUGGCUUUCCAUUUGCCGCGGAUUCAAUUGCACCAAUUAAGAGGAGCUCCUUGUACUAAUUUGCCAUUUGCAAGCACUCCAUGUAUAGAAGAGGAAAAGAAAGUUUCAGAUUCUGGAGAGGCAUUAACAGAAGCAGAUUGAACAGCCAGCCGGCCGGCGAAGGGAUGGGUAGAGUUAUUCACCGGCUGGCGGGAGAGGAAUGUAUGGACUUCUGUGCUGUAUUGUAUCAUCUGUCAAUAAUUAUAGAACGUUGUUUUUUCUCUUCGUUCUUUUCCCCCGAUUUGUUUCGAGCUUGCUCUGUUUUCGCAUGUCGAGGAAAUUCGAUACAAGGAUCAUAACCAAUCACACUAAGUACAUUUGUUGUAUCUAUUUAAAUUAAAAAUAUAUAAUAGCAGGGAGGAAAAAACCCUUUCCCCAUUUCAAAUUCCCUGCUCCAGGAGCGUUUAUAGGAAGGGUAGAAUAGGGAGUGACAAUUUUUUUCUCUUUCCUCUGUGGAACGGGCCAACUAACCGUACACAUGCGGAUUUAAACGGGUCCAUAAGUGUCAAUUUUUUUCUUUAAACCCUUUUAUUUCUCCCUGGUGAUAAAAUAUAUAUGAAAAGGCAAAAACAAUACUCAUUUUUAUUGCUAAAAAUAAAAAAUUUAACAAUAAACUAAUGCAUGCUAUCUAAUGGG